GCGGCUUUUAGGUCGCUCUACGAAUUGCCAACUGCUCUUUCACUCUGAUUUCGCAGAUCGAUUGAAUCGCCGACAGGGAAAAUGAGCGGAGCCGGGAAGAAGAUUGCGGAUGUUACAUUCAAGGCGGGGAAGAACAUUGAUUGGGAAGGAAUGGCGAAGCUUCUGGUCUCCGAUGAGGCUCGCAAGGAGUUCAACACCCUCCGCCGAGCAUUCGAUGAUGUCAACACACAGCUUCAGACGAAAUUUAGCCAGGAACCAGAGCCAAUAGAUUGGGAAUAUUAUCGGAAAGGACUUGGAUCUCGCUUGGUUGAUAUGUACAAGCAGGCUUACGACGAGAUCAAAAUUCCACAGUAUGUUGACACUGUGACCCCUCAGUACAAACCCAAGUUUGAUGCUCUGUUGGUAGAGUUGAAAGAAGCUGAGCAGACAUCAUUGAAGGAGUCGGAAAGAUUAGAGAAAGAAAUUGCAGAGGUCCAAGAGUUGAAGAAGAAGCUCAGUACCAUGACAGCUGAUGAGUACUUCGAGAAGCAUCCAGAGCUAAAGAAGAAGUUUGAUGAUGAAAUUCGUAAUGAUUACUGGGGCUACGGCUACUAAGAUUGACUUGAUGCUGCAAUUCUUGGAGCCACAUGUAAGGUGCCAUCCUCAACUUCAAUCUUGUUCUAUUUUGAAAUAAAAAGUUUAAGAACCAAUUUGUGUUUCCAGUUUCUUGUUUCUCGGAUUGCCUAAAUAUAAUCAUCCCUGUGGCGCUCGUUUAUUGCUGCUUCCAUAUAUUGCUUGUUGUCUCCUUUCCUUUUGUGCCGACAGAAUUUGAUUAAUAAUUUAGCUUUUUGAACUCUACUUUC